AUGUCCCACGUGGCGAAGAUGGCUGCAAUUGACCACCACCAAGUGCGGUCAGUCGCCGCACUAACCGUUACGGUUCUGUCGGCUCGUUACGGCGCGCUUCAGUGGAACCGUGCGCUGAAGGAGCUUGCACAAGGACUGCAUAGAUAUCACAGCGUUAGUCCACUCUGUCGCGUUUUUCGGGAGCUCUUUAUCGAUGAAGCGUCCUCUGCCUUGGAGGAUCUUUUCCUCUUCUGUCGGCUUCAACGUGCUGCGGUGAAGCACAGCACGGUGGAGACGCAGAAAGUUAUCCUCCCACCGAUGGAGACAGAGAGUGGCGCACCUCAGUCUAUUUUUCAACAUACAAUUGUGUCGCGUCGCUACUUGAGGCUUCGCUCGCUGACAGCUGCUCUUAGCGACAUGCUCACGGCCGUUAGUGUCCCCGAGCACCGGGAGGUUGGCGUCAUCCGUGUCGUGCGCAAGCGGAGGCUGAAGCCAGCGGAAGUUGUCGGCGUAAAAACAAUAGUGGCAUACUGGAUCGAAGAGGAGUCAUCCAAGAGUGACUCCUUGGCCUUCGACCUCGGGGGCUUCGUCGACAUGCACGAGGUCCUUGCCGUUGUGGUGAAGGCAUUGAGCUCUGCACACCAACAGAUUCCGGUUGCGAGUCGAGGCGCUUGCGAUCCCGUCAAUCGGGAUGACGUAGAUGAGGAAAGCUUGCAGAAGGAAGAGAAAGCGACGGCGGUGUCGAAGGCCAGGAAGAACAACGACGAAAACGAAGAACCGCUUUCAUACGCAGCGCGUGCUCACCUGAUCAUGCAGUCUCGCCCGCAACAGCCAGAGGGUGUAGUACGACCAGCCCAGGCUUCCUAUCGCCCACCACCAGCUGUAGUGAAUUCGGUGCCUCUUUCCGCCAUGAGCCCCAUAAGGUCGGCGUUGCAGGAAGGCAUUGUGGGGACCGGGCGUGUGCCACCUACAACGCUUCACGGAACAAGCGGUGAACGCCACGAGAUGUUCCGAGGUGUGCCAAAAAGUCUUGCCCGUGUCUCUCUUCAGGAAGAGCGCCCUCAGGGCUACUUGAGAAAGCCUCAAAAUGAGGUAAAAAAAGUCGCCGGAUGCACCUCUCUGCAUAAAGGUGGAGAUGAUGCUGCGGCUCACCAACAGGGGACGGUUUCUCGCACAGAGGCUCCGACAUCGCCGGGGCAAAUAUCGGCGGAGCCUGUUAUAGUUAACUUGAACCACGGGCCAGGCGCGGAGAUCGACGAAGCACCACCUCAGCGCAAUGCGACAGAGUCUGUGAACUCUGGUUGUUUGGAUUCACACAAGUAUGGUGGUGGGAGGCAGGCGCAGCAGUACUUGGCUGCCUUGGCCGCCAUCGACGCCGAACUUCAGAGGCGCCGCGAGGUCCUCAAGUCAACUGUCGCAUUUGACCUAUCCACUUGUGACCCUUCACGCGACGUGCCGGUAGGUCCCGAAUCGUCAGCACGCCCAACAGAGAGAACGGUUUUGUGGCGCGAUGAUUGUGAUGCUACAUCUGCCACGCCAAGUGUUGAGCCCACGCCUCAGCGAGCUAUAGGUUCAGGCGAACUCACGCUCUCUGUCACGGCAGCAGACCUUGAGCAACCAAUAGAGUCUUGCGAGCCUCCAGCAAAUGCCAGCACGUUCGGCCACACUACACCCCCUCCGCUUCCCCCGCAGCAUCAACCCAAUUCCAUCCUACUGCCGUCCAAGCACCAGUCGCGGACAAAGCCGGUGGAGAAAUCAGGGGAUGAGAGCAGCGCUACCCAGAGCGACUUUGAAAUGCUAACAGCGGAGGAGCGGUACUUACUGGCUGACCUUAGGCAAGCACUGAGCCGUCAAAAGUAG